AUGACGCACGCGGUGGCUGCUGUGAGGGAUCAGCUGGUGUGCCCCAGUCAGUGUGGAGGCUCCGGUGCACCGACAGCGUGCCAGAUUGUGCAGGAGGAGGACAGCCUUCUCCUGAAGCGGUUGAUAGGCAUAGUACCUGCAGACAAGAAGAUAUGCCCAAAAACCAACGAAGUGAACAGCAGAAGCAGUAGUGGCCAGCCCUGCAGGCCGAAAGCUGUGACGUCACCUCAACACCUGCUGCAGCGCCAGUGCACUCACACAGUUCAGCAGCAGCCACGCCCCCCAUCACCACCACCUGUGCCACCUCCCGGUACUCCUCCACAGCAGAUCCGCCAUCCCACUCGCGCCACGCUGCCUCCCCCGCCGUCACAACCGCUCCCGCCGCCACCGUCACACCCAGCAGCACCAUCAAAGCUUCCAGUGGACUUCCAGGAACUCCAGCAGUCCCAGUCCCCUCUGUUGCAGCCUCUGUGCCCUCGGCAACAGCAGCCUACAGACCAACAAGAAUCGUCACAGAAACCUGAAGAACUGCCAGCAAAUCAAGCUUUAGCCUCUAUUACCGCCACCGACCAGCAGUGGAAACAUAAGAGCGGAGAGUGUGACAAGCUCUUCAGCACCAUGACGUCUCUCAAGCAGCCUGCAGACGUACCAGAAUCUUCACAGAAACCUGAAGAACCGCCAGCAAAUCAAGUUUUACCCUCUGUUACAGCCACCGACCAGCAGAGGAAACACAAGUGCGAAGACUGCGGCAAGCUCUUCGGCAGCAAGGCGUCUCUCAAGGUGCACGCGCGCACGCACACGGGGGAGAAGCCGCACCAGUGCGCCGAGUGCGGGAAGUCGUUCAGCCAGCUGCGCAACUACAAGUACCACGUGUCUGUGCACGCGGGCACGCGGGAGUUCGCCGCCGCCUGCCCCGAGUGCGGCAAGGUGUUCAACGACCGCGGCUACCUCAGCUCGCACAUGAAGAUCCACCGCAACCGCAAGGAGUACGCCUGCGCCGACUGCGGGCGCCGCUUCAACCAGCGAGUCGCCUACAACAUGCACGUGCGCAUACACACGGGGGAGCGGCCGCACGCGUGCACGCUCUGCGACAAGGCCUUCACGCGCUCGGUACUACUCAAGCAGCACUUGCGUAGGCACACCGGUGAGAAGCCCUUCACCUGUGAGGUGUGUGGGAAGCAGUUCGCGGACCGCAGCAACAUGAUGCUCCACCUCCGGCUGCACUCUGGCAUCAGGCCGUACAGCUGCGGCGAGUGCGGCAAGGCGUUUACCAAGAAGCACCACCUCAAGGCGCACAUGUCCUGCCACACAGGACUGCGGCCCUACGCCUGCGACCGGUGCGGCGCGCGCUUCAGCCAGUCCAGCAACAUGCGCACGCACCGCAAGAACGGCGGCUGCGGCGGCGGCGGGCCCGCGGUCAGGGCGGCGGGCACCAGCGUCAUCAUGCGCGUGUCCGGCGAGCUGGUGCAGCACGUGCUGCACUUCACCGACGAUGCAGACGCCGCCAGCGGCCGAAACGUCGCGCUAGCUGGCGACGCCGCCACGUCUCUCCGGGCUCCGUCAGCCACCCACACAGCAUAA